AACAACUCAUCUUCAAUCGCAAGCACCUAUAAUGCGGCGGCAGCGAACAUCACGGGCCUUUUUUCCGACAAGCCCUUUCCCGACGUGGCUCUCACGGUCAACAAAGCGGACAAAAUCCAAGGCCAACUCGACGUGACCCUCCACGUCGCCGCCCGGGAUUCCGCGUCGGACAUAGCGCUCUUCCGGCGGAUAUGAACUGCAAAAGUAUCGUACUCGUAUGGUACGAGGUUAGACUGGGUACCCACUCUGGAUUGGGUACCCACUUUGGAUUUGGUAAUAGGGUGCCCACUUUGAAUUGCUAAUUAUCCGAGGACCCGCAGGACUUGACGGCCGCGCGCAACCGAAACAGACACCACUGCCCUGGCACUUGAAGGGAAUCAGACACAUCUUGCGUUUUUAUGCCCAUAAAAAUAAAAUUUUGAAAAGCUCCGUGAGCGUCGUCGUCGUCCUCUCUGUGCGUCUCUGCUUCUCACGUUGCUUGCCACGUCGACCGAGGACGGUUUGGGAGGUUCUUGGAUGGAUACAACCCAUGGCCGCGGUAACAACAUCUUCCAAAGUGUUCUGCUAGUUGCGGGGAAGAAGCUGCAGCUGGCGAAGAGCGGGUAUGAGGAAGACGAUGACGCUGAGGAUGACGAUUACGACGAAGGGGACUACUCCGGGGAAAACGAAAUGCCCGGCGAUGGUGGAAUUCGCGAUUCAUAUUAUGGCCAUGCUGGUGCCGGAGGGAGUACUACUCCUCAGGAGCGCGGUCUCUUGGGAACUUCUCACGGUCCAGGUGGUGCAGCUGCUGGUAGUGGAUUCUUGCAGGGACAGCCACAGCCGCAUGCUGGGCUUCUGCAGCAUCAGGGUGCGGCCCCGUCUUCCAUCAAUCAGGACAAUUAUUAUCAACCACAGCCUCAGCAGCAACUGCAGCAAGGUCGCAGCACGGCCACGACUGGCGGUCCGUCCGCUGCGCAAGCAUUGCAGGGCUACAAUGAUCCUGCAUACGACUACAACCAGCACAUGCACAGCCACAACAAUCCUGUGGUGCCGGGGGCACCGUACGCGGCUCCAGGGGUUGGUUACCCUGCACCCCCCUCCGCCGCCGGGGGACAUCAAGAACACCAACCAGCGUCUGCUUACCAUCCUAGUCAAGUGACUCAACAUUAUCAGCAACCCGCGGCUCCUGGUUACCCGCCUUACCAUCCUGGUGUUCAACCAGUGAGUCCACUGCAUCAUCCCGCUGCUGCGGCUCAUUAUCCUGGUCAACACGUCGACGUGAAUCACCAGCAUCCCGCCGCAACACAUUACAACAACCCAUACGGCUAUGAUCCUAAUCAUGCUCCACACGUCGUGCCAGGUAGCACAAGUGCCAUGGCUCCGUCCGCUCCCCCGGCCUCCCAGAUCAGCGAAAAUAACCAGGGUAAAAAGAAGUCGUCGUGGUUUAGCCGACUCUUUAAAGGACGUUCUUCUUCUUCUUCUGGUGGUCACAGCAGAGCCCCUUCUAGGAGACAGAGCGGAGGAGGAAACUACUCCACCCCCCCGGAGUAUAAUCGGAUCCGCGACAACAUGAGGCAAACCGCGAAUCGGUGGAAAUGGGAGAACGAAAUGAAGAUGAAUAACGUCCUGAACCAAGGGGGCCGCUUGCCCUUCCAAAACAACAAUAUCGGAAUGGGCGGGGGCAUGGGAAUGAAUGAUCCCUUCGGCAACCGGGCCGGUUCAGGCAUGGGCGGUAUGGGCAAUAUGGGUGGCGACUUCGGUGGUAUGGGUGGAAUGGGCGCCGGGAUGAUGAACAACAACAACAUGAUGGGCGGCAUGGGCCGCUCCGGUAUGAACAACUACAGCAGGGGCAUGGGGAAUAACUACGGCGGCUACGGGAACCGCCGAAACAUGGGCAACGGCGGGGCGAUGGGCGCGUUUGGGGCUGGAGCUGCCAUCGGGGAGCAAGUUGGCCGCGCGGCGCAGAGCUUCGAAGACGACGUUGAACAAGCAGAUGGUUACCCAGAUGAAGGCCGCUAUGGAGGUGGAAACUACGAUGACGACGGCAGUGACACGGAUUAUGAUAAUGAUGACUACAACUUCUGA